AUGAUCAGCCCCUGGGACGCAGCAGCAAUCGCAACACUCGGAGCACUGGUUUACAAAGCCACACUUUGGAUUCGAAACAUUAGGCUUGCACAAGCAACCGGACUACCCUGGACAUGGACGCCCAUUCUGGAAACCGAGUUUCUGGGAUUUUGCUUGACACCCUUGCUGCGGGCGUUAUAUCAUCGGUAUUUGGACAAGGGAGAGGGGUGGCCACGCUGGUGCAGAUUGGUCAUCAAGGAUUGGCAGUGGGAAGAUAAGCGAAGGGCUCAUGAUGAGUAUGGUGAUGUGUUUUUGUGUGUUGCUCCGCAUGGCAUUAUAUGCUACUGUGCGGACGCGGCCAUGGCUUGGGAUGUGAUGAACAGACGUUACGACUUUACAAAGCCAAUGGACAAGUACAAACUAUUGGAGCCCUAUGGCCCGAAUGUGGCCACGACCGAGGGGAAGAAUUACCAGUUCCACGUUCGUAUAACUGCGCCACCUUUUGGUGACAUUAGUGGUGUAAACUCGCUUGUCUGGAGGGAAACCCUUCGCCAGACCGAAGUGCUCUGCGAGGCCUGGUCGAAAGAAAGCUCGAGGAGUCUGUCUGGUGAUCUGAAUGCUCUGACUCUGUCAGUCAUCUCGCUCGCGGGAUUCGGAAAGCAGAUUGACUGGGCGGCAAGCGACGAAACGCACCAAGAAAUCCCUCAAGGAUACGUCAUGAGUUUUCUCAAAGCCAUCAGCGACACGACUGGUUACAUGGUUGCGAUCCUACUCUUUCCGGGCUGGCUGCUUCGAUGGAGUCCGUUGAAGAAAGCUAAUGACGCUCAUGUAGAACUCGACAAGUAUCUCCGGGAAAUGAUCAGGAAUGAGAGAGCGCGCAUAGCUGUCGGAAGAUCUGCAGAUACCGAACGAGUUGCUGCUCGUGGGAACCUGUUGACAUCACUGUUGGAAGCUUCCCAUUCCGAGGCUAGAUCGAGCAACAAAGGUCCAGACGGGGUUCAAAAACGUGCCUUUACGGAGGAUGAGGUCAUGGGUAAUUUGUUCAUUUACCUUCUGGCGGGUUACGAAACAACUGCCAACUCUAUAUACUAUGGUCUCGCGCUUCUGGCGCUCCGCCCUGAUAUUCAGGACAAGACGAUAGCAGAAAUUGACCAAGUAUACAAAGGCGCCAGAGAAGAAGGAAGGAGCGAACUCACCUACGAGCAGGACUUUGAGAAGCUGCACUACCUAUAUGGCUUCAUGUACGAGACGUUUCGACUUUAUCCGGGUGUUCUUCUGAUCACAAAGAUGGUCUCGACGCCACAACGCAUCAGCGUCUCUUUGGGUGGUGACAAACUCAGCUCCCACAUGCUGCCGCCUGAGACCAGAGUUUACUUGAAUACCCCAGCCGUACAUUAUUCGGAAAACUACUGGCCGAAUGCGAAUGAGCUUAAUCCACACAGGUGGAUGCCUGAGCACAAAGUCGGCACCGCGAAUAAGAAGGUCGUUGCUGCAGACAGGACGAGACAUAUGAGAGGAACACUGUUGACAUUUUCCGACGGAGCGAGAUCCUGCCUGGGUCGAAAGUUUGCUCAAGCAGAGUACAUUGCGUUUUUGACGGCGCUGCUGAGGAAGUAUCGUGUGGAGCUCGCCCCGGGGCAAGAUAUCGAGGCCGUUCGGCGUGACUUGGACUAUAAGUGCGCCGGUAAGGUCACUCUGGCGCCACUAGACACACUGCGUUUGACUUUGAAGCCGAGAGAAAGAUCAAAGUAG